UCAUUCAUAUAUAAUAUAAAGAGAAGCAAAUUUUGGCUUUCAGAUUUCAAUCCUCUCUGACCGGUCUUUGAGCUCUUGCAGAGAUUUCAAUAUUUAAAAAAAAAAUGGCUUCUUCCAUCAAUAUCUCAUCCCCUUCUACAACUACUAUCUCGCGCCCCCAAGCAAGCAAAAAUUUCAAAUUGUUUAGUGGAUUGCACGCUCAAAAUGUAUACUUUGCAAAUGGUUAUACCUCCAAUUUCUCCAUGGUCCGGCUGGGUGGUAAAGUGUCAUUUAGUAAUAAAAGUUCCGGGGUGACCAGAGCUACAUUGGUAUCUGGAGAGGGUGAUCUUUUGGCUUAUACUAAUGGAAAAAAAAUUCUGCAAGAUAGUACUCUUCUUGGUGAUCAAUCUGUCGGGAUUGAGAUGCAGCCUGAUGCAGUUUCAUUUGGAGCACUUUCAGCAGAUACUGCUCCAACAAGUAGCGGUUUUUCUGAUGACAAUGAUGAAUUUGAUCUGGAUCGUCCUACAGCAGGUUUUGCUUCCAUCCCAGAGGCCAUUGAAGACAUUCGUCAAGGAAAGAUUGUAGUGGUUGUGGAUGACGAGGACAGAGAAAAUGAAGGAGAUCUCAUAAUGGCUGCGGAAUUGGCAACACCAGAGGCUAUGGCUUUCAUUGUAAAGUAUGGAACUGGCAUAGUUUGCGUCAGCAUGCAAGGAGAAGAUCUGGAGAGGUUGCAAAUUCCUUUGAUGGUACACCAAAAGGAGAAUGAUGAGAAACUUUGUACUGCAUUCACUGUUACUGUGGAUGCAAAACAUGGUACAAGCACAGGAGUUUCAGCUCGUGAUAGGGCAACAACAGUAUUGGCUCUUGCUUCCAGGGAUUCUAAACCUGACGACUUCAAUCGACCAGGCCAUAUUUUCCCACUGAAAUACCGGGAAGGUGGUGUUCUGAAACGGGCUGGACAUACAGAAGCUUCUGUUGAUCUUGCUGUGCUAGCUGGUUUGAACCCUGUUGCAGUUCUUUGUGAGGUUGUGGAUGAUGAUGGUUCCAUGGCUAGAUUACCAAAGCUUCGUGAGUUUGCAGCGAGGGAGAACUUGAAGAUUGUAUCUAUUGCUGAUUUAAUAAGAUAUAGAAGGAAGAGAGAUAAAUUAAUCGUGCGUUCUGCGGCAGCACCGAUACCGACAAUGUGGGGACCAUUCACAUCUUACUGCUAUAGAUCUAUCUUAGAUGGGAUUGAACAUAUUGCAAUGGUUAAGGGUGACAUUGGGGAUGGACAAGAUGUUCUAGUAAGAGUGCACUCAGAAUGUCUUACGGGAGACAUAUUCGGAUCAGCGAGAUGUGACUGUGGGAACCAGCUAGCACUUGCAAUGCAACAAAUUGAGGCUGCCGGGAGGGGCGUCUUAGUGUACCUCCGAGGACAUGAAGGAAGGGGCAUCGGAUUGGGUCACAAACUCAAUGCUUAUAACCUUCAAGACAAAGGACGUGAUACAGUGGAAGCCAAUGAAGAGCUAGGAUUGCCAGUUGACUCACGUGAAUAUGGCAUUGGUGCACAGAUAUUAAGAGAUCUGGGUGUUCGCACAAUGAAGCUUAUGACAAAUAACCCUGCAAAGUACAUUGGCCUCAAAGGUUAUGGCUUGGCUGUUGUGGGAAGAGUCCCAUUGUUAAGUUUGAUUACAAAAGAGAACAAGAGAUACUUGGAGACUAAACGAGCUAAAAUGGGCCAUGUCUACGGGUUUGAGCGCAACGAUCGCUUGAUCAACAUUAAUAACACCAAUGGUAAGCAGGGUGUGGAAAGUCCAUCGGAUGCUGUCUCUAACUCAUAAGCUCUUAGUGCUCUCUAUUCAAAGAACACAUCUCAGUUGUGAGAUACAGAGAGCUAUAUAACUUGACAGAAAGGUGAUGACAUGAUAUUGUUACCAUUAGUUGUUCCAAUUCAAUUUAUUUUUACACUCAGAUUUCACCUAAGAAUAUGAUUAAAAUUUUUGCUUAGUGCAAAUGUUCUAAGAAUGCCUUCUCAUUUAAAAGAUAUAUUUAUGUAAGAGAAUAUCAAUAAUGGAAAUUCAGAUCAUCUUGUAUUGUUCAUUGUGACUUUUUGGGUCCUCUUGAUAGAUGAAAUUAAAGUAAAGAAAAGAUAUGAGAAUUAAUCCA